UUCUCAGUUGGUUUUUGUCGCGCCCAACAAGUGCUUAAGUUGCGUUUUUGCUGUAUAUUCACGGUUAAUGAGCGCCACAUCGUACGGGUGUUUUAUAUGAAUUUCGUUUCCUUCGCACGGAUGCAUUUAAAUUUUGAAUAAAGUACAAAAAUUUAGCUUUUACACAAAGAAGAAAAAUUCUUUUGCGAAAUUGUUGAAAUACGCAAUUUGUUUUGUGUCUACGCGCUAAUUGUGGCAGUUGGUUAGCCCAAAAAAAAUAUCCAAUAACAGCUGGUUACUUAAUACAAGUGAAAUAAAGUGUUUUGUUUUUAUUGUCUUGAGAGAAGAGUGAGAGUGUGCAAUUACUAAAAAUACUACAUAUGAAAAUCAAAUCUAACCAAAGCAACAACGAAAACAACAGCAUUACUAACUAAAGCAAAUUUAUCAGAGUAACACUACAGCGGCAAUAGCAGCAGCAUUAAAAACCAACACCAACACCAGCAACAACAAUACCGUCACCAACACCAAUAUGACAGAUAUAAGCGAAUUAAUGGGAUCUGCCUUUGUGCGGGUUAAGCUGGUUGCUUUUGUUCAUUUUCUAUUCGUAUCGAAUGCCAUGAUGGGCAUGUGGGGUCAUGGAGCCUAUGAAUUCUACAAUUUCCUCUUUCUCAUUGCCAUGUUCUGGACGAUGCACAGUAAGGACUCAGUGGAAGCCAUACAAACGGCGCUAAUCAUUGAUGUGAGCAGUAUAUUCUUUGACAUGGUCACCAUUAUCAUUAUGUUCCAUCUGAUGAAUGGCUGGGCCGUGGCGUUCGCCAUUAUCAAUUUGCUGAUACGUCCCGUUAGCGUUAUCCUUUUGUAUCGUGAAUUCAACACACGUGGGGGCACACUGCAGACUGGUUCGGUUUUUCCCACAACAACACAGCGCAGCUAUCAAGACAUUGAUAGGCCAACGCAGCCGGUGCCAACCAACUCUCCUCCUGGACCCAAUGUGGCGAGCAUCUUCUAAGUCAAACUACUAAUGUAAGAGCAACCAAAAGACGACAGAAAAUCUGGCUGCAGCUGCAGAGAAAGUCUUCUUCUCCAGUGUCAACGAUGAUAAUCUCAAUCCCUCCCCCGCCCCCACUACUAUACCAAAAGAAAAAGCCCUAUGUGCAUCACUAAAAAGGAUUUGGCAUGGUCUGUCUACGUUCACUAUGUGGCAUCUUCCAGAAUAGUUUGUUUUUGUGUCUUUCAUUUCCUGUCUAAAUUAGGUUUUUUUGUUUGUUAUUAUUGAUUGAUUACCUUUGUAUUGUAGUUUGUCUUUGUUAUUAAACCAAUUCAAUCUUAGCACGCCUACACAUACACCUGUGUGAUGGUGUGUAUGUGCAGUUAGUUUGCGGAAUUUAUCCAACUAUCUUAACUAUUUAUAAAACAAAAGUCCAAAUAAUAAAUUUAAACAAAAGAAACCCAA